UUUUUGUCUGUCCCUCCAGGAUGAACCAGGCCCCCACUAGUGGAUUUGAGGAGGAUGUUGGAACACGAACAACUCAUCAUGUCAUGUACCCAGAGAGUGCCAUAGACCUGGAAAACACUACCAGUCUGGUGCUGAUACCUUUCAAGACUCUGGACCUGCAGUGGAUGAUCAGUGCUCUGACCACUGGCACUAUUAAACACACAUAUUUACCGGUUAUGCCCCGGAUAAAGGCAAACAAAGAAAAGGUGCUGAUUUACAGUCCGACUUUUUUCAAAUACGUCCACGAGUCCUGGCUCGAAGGUCAUGGACGAUAUCCUUCAACUGGCUUCCUCAGCCUGCUGCUGGCUCUCCACAUAUGCGACGAGGUCAGCGUGUUUGGAUUCGGCGCCGACCAGUACGGAAACUGGCACCACUACUGGGAGGAGAACCAUCUGGCCGGAGCUUUCAGACACACUGGAGUCCAUGACGGAGAUUAUGAAUAUAAUGUCACCUUGCUGCUGGCGGACAAGCACAAAAUCCAAAUGUUCUCUGGCAGAUGAUACCAAGCGUGGGAUGUCCACCAAAUGAACAUCAUUAACCUUUAAAUGCUUAUUUCAUGGUGUCUGCAAACAUCUCUGCUUGACCUGUUUUUCCACAGGCCUGUUAUUUCUUAAUAGCCGAAGCGGCUGUCACGGUAAUUAGAAACCAGUAAAGCUUUUCCGUCAAAGAGACGUUUCAUUGACAAGACACUGCCGCUUUCCCAGACUGAGCCGACAGGUGGGAAACAAAGAUGCAUGCCAUAUUAAAAUGCCACUCUCACAUGA